AUGGGCAACUUUCAACAGCUUUCACCAUGGCCCAUCGGCAUCAAAGUUCAUAUGGAUAAAUCUACGUUUAUCGUCGUGCGACCUGUUGUUCUUAUUGACCGAAGAACCUCCAUAGCCCUCGUCGCUACUGCCUCCCUGGACCUCUGUCGCUUAGUUGUCUUGUUCCCAUGUUACGAGAUGAAAGUCAAGCUCAAGUGGAUCGUUAACCUUGCUACGAAGAUUCGAACCAGGCGUGGCUCACGCGCCCGAACAGAAACCACCGAAGUUGCAUCCAAUGAGGAGGUCGACGAGCCCGGCGGGCGACCUCGAAGAAAGCUUUUCGCCAGGAUAAAGAAACUGUUCAAACGAGCCGACCGCAACCCAGUGGGGGAAGACGUACUGCAAGAAAACUACAAUCAUCCCAGAGUCCCCGCAGUCCCCGUUGGAACCCCCCAGCUCGCUGAACGUAUCCCAUCCACUGUCAUUCUCAAAGACCAAACCUCCGUCAUUCCACUCUCAGAGGACCACUAUGGCCACUCACCCCCCAUUACGCUGGGUGAGGGUACGAUAGCAGGUCCUUCAACCCUUCAACCACCUCUCAACAGGACCGGUUCUCCGAACUACGGCCCUUCUGCAUCGGUGUCAACUGAACACUUUACUGUUCCCUUGCAGCGACGUGAUCCUCGGGUUCCAAGUUCAAUUUCACCGAGGGAGGGCUCAUUGUUUACCGAAUCGAAUGAGGAUGGGGAUGAGUGCGACUCAGUGUAUUACACCCCACCUAGCAAAAUCGAUUCGGUAUACCUUCAUUCUUCUAAUGCCAAUGGAAGUGUGGAGGAUGUGUUGGCUUUGGGUCAUGGCCAUGAUCACGCCGACGAAGAAGUUCCAGUAGACAUCCACUCCCCCAUUGACCGCGAUUCACUCGGCUCCUCUCCCGCUGGAAUUGAGGACAACAACGAUCCACGCACCUCACGCGGCCCUCUCGUCAUCUCUGAACGACCCAUUGGCCCCAUCUCUGAAACGUCCACUGGUAGCGCUAGCCCAGCGAGCCCAAGCUCAGCCCCAGAACGACCGCUACCUCCUCGGCAACUGACAUGGAUGUCUUCGGGGAGCUCGUAUUUCUCUUUGAGUCGCUCUCAGACGGAGGAUUACGUCUCCUUGAGUCGCUCACAGACGGACGAUUACGUCUCCUUGAGUCGCUCACAGACGGACGAUUACGUCUCCUUGAGUCGCUCACAGACGGACGAUUACGUUUCCUUGAGUCGCUCUCAAACGGAUGAUUACGUCUCCUUGAGCCAGUCUCAGACUGAGGAAAGCUUUUCCUUCGGCCGCUCUCAAACUGGGGGGUCGUGCAGCCCACUGUCCCAGUUUUCAAUCUUGAAAAGACUACCACCCAACCGUUCCUCAUCGUCCGACGCAUUUGCAGGAAGCUUAAGUCAAUCUCUGACCCUAUCUUCCCCAGACCUAUCACGGAGAUCCAUCAACAACUUCUUACCCACCGAACUCAUCACGCGGAUCCUAAGUCAAUGCUUAUGUCUCCCCAUAGGGUGUUUCGAUGGUACACUUUUGCGUCGGAUGAAGAGGACGUGCUGUCAACUACGACUUGUGUGUCCCAAGUGGAACGACCUCAUCGUCUCAGCGCACCUCAUCUUUUCUUCUGUAGCGCCUUCGUCGUUGUCGCUGCGCGUACCACCUGCAGAGGAGGUAUUGUCGUGGUAUACAGGGCAAAUCACGAGGAAGAGUGUGGUUGAUAACUUAUCUCUCCCCCUGAGACGAGAUUUUGGGGAUAGUGGACCGUACCAUCCUGAUCUUGAUUUCCUUCGCGUCUUAUCAUCCGCCAUACCCAAAUGUCGAGCGCUGAAAGUAUCUUUACCACUCGGCCUCGCUGCCGAUUGGCUGCAGCCCGAUAAUAACAACAAUGCGACACCAAUGUCCCUCGCUACGCCUAACCUCCGCUACUUAUCCUGGACGUUCAACCUCCCCUUAUCGGCUCCCAUCCCACCUGGAUUCAAGUUCCCGUGGUUCGCACUGAGACAUGUCCAGCAUGGAUUGACGUGGUCUUUGUUAACUACUGUGGAGCUUGAUUGUCCACUCACGAUCGAAGAUUGUUUGUUCGUCCUUUCGGAGGGACGAGAUAACCUCGAAUGUGCAUCUUUUAGAACUGUUGAUGGGCUUGGGGAAGAAUGGUUAUCUACAAUCACAUUGCUCAAGUUGGACUCCCUGUCCGUUGAGGGAGUUGGCGAUCUAGGACCGCUGUUUUCGGACCUGAGGAUGGAAUGUCACCGACGCUUGGGGAUGACUUCACAUACGCGUGGGGAGGAGGUGUGUCUGGCUACCCCCAGUCCGCAUGCCUUGAAUGUUUGUUGGGAAACUUUGACGCAUGUUGAUCUGUUCUGCCAUUUGACGAGGUCUGACCUCGUGAGGUUGAUGGGCGGAGGACUAUGUAAUCUCGUUUCUUUUCAAUGGAGGGGACACCUCACCCCCGAUGCGGAUGCCAAUGCUUCCAUUCCCAUGCAGACGUUGGACCGCCUAACGGAAGUGAUGGUGUAUUCGAACAAAGCAGGCUGCGAAGCCAUCCUCGACAUCUUAACCGAAUCACGCACGUCGUUGAGGAAGAUCAUCGUCGACAAGCACGUCAUGCAUUUCUCCGCACCCCCGAUUUCGUUGCCGGGAGAGCGGGCUUCAAUGCGUAAUCACAAAUUGAACGAGAUGAAAGCUGCGCUGUAUAGCAUCACACUGAACGACGUCGAACAUCCCAUCAGUAUAAGCGAUGCAUGGGCUAUCCUCUCGCAGUGCCCACAGUUAAAGGAGCUUGACGUUCGUGUUGCAGGGUGUGUGCCGCCCAGCUCUGGCCGGCGACUUGCGGGCGAUGAGUUGAGUUCGGAUCUUCAAAUACUCAAAUUGGAUUUAGACGUUCCUGUUUCUAUCCUCUUCCGGAAUUUAAGCCUACCCAAGCUAGCCACACUGGAGAUGGCGUUUUCACGAAGCAAUCGCAUGUGUGCUGAAGGUCUUGAUGCCGCCCUUGCACGCUGGGGUUGCCCUCUCACACGCCUCCUUCUGCGAAAGUCGAAUAUCGGCGAGGAAACCAUAAUCAAGUGCCUAACGAGCGUCUCUUCGACUUUGAAAGAUCUCCUUAUCUACGGCGAUGGUCCUCGAUCCGGGUGGACAAUGGGUAAACUCGCGCUUAAGCGGCUUACAUUAAAGGCAGGACUAAAUCACGAUCUAUGUCCCAAGCUCGAGAGCCUCACUUUGGAACCGUGCGUUGCGCCAGAUGGGGCGUUGGCUCAGCUGUUGAGGUCGAAGGCACCGCCACUGAGGUGCUGUAACUGGAUGUGUGAUACGUGCAUUGAGAAGAUCGUUCCGCUGAGGAGGGUGAGGGUUUCUUUUCUGAAGGCGGUGGUUCCGAAUAUGAGUGAUGUUCGGGAGGAGGAUGUGAAGAUGAUAGAGAGGUUGAAGACGACAGGGAUGGAUAUUGAGCUCGUUGACUAG